GCGUAUAAGCUUUUAAAAUGUCCUCUAUCAAGCACUUAGUUUAUGCAGUUAUUCGUUUCUUACGGGAGCAAAGUCAGAUGGAUGCUUAUACGUCAGAUGAACAAGAAAGUUUGGAAGUUGCAAUUCAGUGCUUGGAGACAGUUUUUAAAAUCAGCCCAGAAGAUACUCAUCUAGCAGUUUCACAGCCUUUGACAGAAAUGUUCAGCAAUUCCUUCUGUAAGAAUGACAUUUUGCCUCUCUCAAAUUCAGUGCCUGAAGAUGUGGGAAAAGCUGACCAAUUAAAAGAUGAAGGCAAUAACCACAUGAAAGAAGAAAAUUACGCUGCUGCUGUGGACUGUUACACACAGGCAAUAGAACUGGAUCCAAAUAAUGCAGUUUAUUAUUGCAACAGGGCUGCUGCUCAGAGUAAAUUAGGCCACUACACAGAUGCAAUAAAGGAUUGUGAGAAAGCAAUAGCAAUUGAUUCAAAGUACAGCAAGGCCUAUGGGAGAAUGGGACUGGCCCUCACUGCCAUAAAUAAAUUUGAAGAAGCAGUUACAAGUUAUCAAAAGGCAUUAGAUCUUGACCCUGAAAAUGAUUCUUACAAGUCAAAUCUGAAAAUAGCAGAACAGAAGUUAAGAGAGGUAUCCAGUCCUACAGGAACUGGAUUGAGCUUUGACAUGGCUAGUUUAAUAAAUAAUCCAGCCUUCAUUAGUAUGGCAGCAAGUUUAAUGCAGAAUCCUCAAGUUCAGCAGCUAAUGUCAGGAAUGAUGACAAAUGCCAUUGGGGGACCUGCUGCUGGAGUUGGAGGCCUAACUGACCUGUCUAGCCUCAUCCAAGCGGGACAGCAGUUUGCUCAGCAGAUACAGCAACAGAAUCCUGAACUUAUAGAGCAACUUAGAAAUCACAUCCGGAGCAGAUCAUUCAGCAGCAGUACUGAAGAACAUUCCUGACUUGACCAGGGACCCUUACCCAGAGCACAAAUAAUUAUGGCUCUUAAAUGUUUGCUGUAGAUAGUGGCCAAAACAAAGACACCUAAAGAAUCAAUCUGUCUAGAUGAUAGGUUUAUCAUAAACAGACUCCUAUCUGUUUCAUGAACAUGUGUAUCAUGAACAUAACAUGACUCCUUUGUAAACAAAUGAUCAGUAGCCCUGUUGAGUGCCAGUAUAGUAAACAGGGUUCCAUUUUCAAAUCAAAUCUUCAUUGUCAUAUUUGUAUAUUAGACCUAAUAGCAGAGUCUAUUUAUUAAACAGUAGGGCUGUGUAUUGGUGAAUUCUUUAGCUCCAAAUUCCCGUAAGCAAACUUUUCUGAAAGAUGGAGAUGACGAAGAGGAAAGGUUUCUCAUGCUGAUUUAGGAGAAAUAUACUGGCCACUAAACAGCAUGUCUGGAGGGAAGAAAUUUGUUGCCUCCUUUUAGCUCUGAUAGUGCUAUCAGUACUGAAUACAUAUCCCACGGGCUAGUACUGUCCUUAACGCUGCUUGUUCUGAUGGGGUACAAGGAAUACUAAGAGCUGGUGGGAAGCAGCAUUUGGUGCAAGGGUUGUUUUGAAAUGAAAAAUAGAUGCUGUGAAUGUUCAGAAAAUGAAGGUAGGAUGUUCGGGUUUUUUGCAUAGUUCUUAAUUAAUCUUGCCUGCAUUUUGGUCUUGAUAACAUUAGCAUGGCCAAUUACUCUAAGUACAUAAUAAAAUACAUUUAGAAAUCCUUAAUGGUACUGGUUAGGUCCAUUGUAGAACUAUUCAAUUUAACUAGCACAAUUUCCCAGUGGUGACCUUACCAUGGAAACUCUUAAAUAUAUUUACAUUUAAAUAAGCCAGCGGUUUGGUCCUCAAGUUAAGGAUUUUCUAAGUGGCAUUUAAUUAUGUGCCUAUAAAUACUGAUUUCUUAAAAACUAAUUAUUUGAUGGAUUAUAAAAAGCUUCUAUCACUAACAUUGCUUGUUCAUAUAAAUUUUUGCUAUAAUUUGGCUUGGCAUGUUGCUUUUAUGCUUCAUCUUAAUUUGAUGCAACGUAAGCAUAACGGGACUUAAAAUAUUUUAUUGAAAUCAUGUCAUAGUAGUUAAUGAAGAGAUAUGACAUUAAGUAUUAAUGGCACGACUCUAACUACAGUGAUGAGAGACCAUUUUAACUAGAAUUUCUUUUGUUAAUUAUGGAAGUUGGUAAAGUUGAGUGAAUACCAUGAUUUCACAAGUGUGAGAGAAAACUGAAAAAUUAAGACAUGUAAGGUUAAGUCCGUAAUACUCAUGAUGAUGAGGGCCUUACUGUAACUGUUCUCAAAAGACUAAUAAUGUAUCUACAAGGUUAAAAACCAACUCUUCCUUUCUUUCUCCUUGUGAGAUGAGAACAGUGGUUCUAUAAUUUCAAGAAUUAAUUAAAAAUGCAGUUCCAGAGCCACACUUUCAAUUUGUGUUUAAUAAGUCCUAUAGUAAGGCCUAGGAAUCACCAUUUUAAACUGCGUACUACAACGUGGUUCUGAUGUAGGUCUAAGGACUCUAAUUUAGAGUCACAGUAAGUUAGAGAUUUCUCUUCAGACCAGCAAAUACCUCACUGCUUGUGCCCAGCUUACAGGGAAAACCCAUUGGAAUCUACAGUCUGGCCAGAGAAGAGCAGGACUUAAAUUUUAGGCUCUCUGAAUCGAGUAUCCUGUUUCCCAUUUAAACAAACUUUAUUUUUCAUGAGGUUUUAUUCAACUCCUAGUGUUCAAGUGUAAUACAGAAUGAAGUACUAUCCACAUGAAAGUUAGGACUAUCCUGGAAAAAAAAAGUCAAAGUUGAUCUACAAUUGAAAAUACGCUACUCAUGGGGUACCUGGCUGGCUGAGUCCCUAAAGCAUGUGACUCUUGAUCUCUGGACCCUGAGUUCAAGCCCUAUGUUGGGCAUACAGCUUACUAAAUUAAAAAAAAAAAUUAGCUACUCUUAUCCAGUGGUAAGAAAAGAGUUUCUAGCAAAAAUAUCUUGAGUAUAUUAAAAUGCUUUUAGAUCAGUAAAACUGUUAAGCCUUUAGGUGACUGACUUGGAAAAUUGAGAAAAUACAAAUCAACAGCACCAGGAGUCAGAGGGGUAACAAUGCAGCCCUUCACACUUGAAAAGGUAAUCAGGAAAUUUCCCCAAUGGUGACCAACUCUGGGCCCAAAUAGUGGACAACUUACAUGGAACACACAUUCCCUGUAAGAUAAAAGCUACCAAAGCUCAGUAAAGAAAUAGACAUCCCUCAGUAGAGCAAGCUGUAGGCCCAGAUGAUUCCAAUGGUAAGUUCAGCCAAACACUUAAUGGAAGCAAUAUCAAGUCUACACGAUCUCUUUUGGGAAAUAGAAAAACAGAAAACACUUCCAACUCAUUUUAUUUAGCUAUUACUAUUACUUUGAUACCAAAGUCAAAGGCAUUAUAAGGAAAACCAUUUUAAAACAAUGUCAUGAUUUGCUAAUAUCUGUAGUUAUUCUUUUACAUGAAGAGCUGGUGUAUUUCUUCCAUUUCAACCUUCUGGUCUGUUUCUUGGCUGAUAUACCACCCAUAACAAAUUCAGUCUAGGUAUCUGUCCACUUACCUGGAUUUCCAUUCUCUUCAAGCCAUUUUUGCUCUUCAGAUACCUUCAUCAUUUUGGAAUUACUGCCUUGCAAAUUAUUUCCAGAAAGUUUUGUGCAGUUGGAUUGUACUAGUUACUCUUAAAGUUUUAAGGAAUGCCCCAAAUACUGUACUGGCUGGUGUGGAACAAAAGGACACUGAAUCUUUAUACACAUUCCAUUUAGGAAUGAUUGGCUUUCAUUAACCACAUUUCAUUGCCGUAGCUACAGCUGUUUUGAUGCUAUGUAAAACCUAGAAGGUCCUUUGUAUGCAAAUGACAUUUUCAUUUAAUGUAUCAAAUUAUCUAAUUUUUAUAAUAUGGUUUAAACAGAUCCUUUCUAAAAUGACAUAAUCUAACCUUUACUUAAGGAAUGGACAAUGUGUAUCAUAAAAAGAGAGUUUAUAAUUAGAUCAAAUUAUAUAGCAGAUUCCAAGAGACCAUUAUAUGUUACUUUUAAAUCUGGAACAAUGAAACAGAAGGUUCAGUCAGAGAAGAUACUUGAAAAGCAAUCAAAAUACACAGUGCAGUGGCUAUAAAGUCUUAUCAUUUAAUCAAUCUUACUCAUUCUGGAAGACAGACAGACUUCAACUUUACAUUGCUUGUACUUUAUUUUGCACAGAUUCAUUAUUAGUGCAAUUUAAGGGGCAAAUCUCAUUCUCAAUAUAGCUUUCACUUUGGACCAAAUAAUUUGUCAUGGCAAUAAAUAAUCAUGCAUUUAAGAAAAACAAA